GUGACAUUCAGUGCACAACCCCCCUCCGCAAGCUUCCGCAUUUUCUGACGAUAGAAAAAAAAAAAGAUCAAGAAAAACAAAAGCAUGAAGCUCUUGCUGAUUUUGUGUGCGGCAGCAUGUCUCACAAUCGCUGCUGGCACGUUCGUCGAUGAGGAUUUUACGUUGAUAGAUGAACACACAAAUGCACCAGAAGCUGUUGAAAUCGUCAGGGCCGAGGAGGUGACAACUAGAAAGGCGUCCGUCAGGGUGGCAACAACGACCUCGGCGCCCGUAGCGAUCGUCGAUGCCGUAGAAGUCACUACCUCAGCAAAUAAGGCCCCAAAGACAUCGAACCGCCCCCGAACAUCUGGAUCUCGACGAAAGCAGCCAGCUAAAGCUGUUGCCGUCGAAGAGGAAGAAAGUCCCAAGGCCGAAAUGACCAGUCCAGCAUCCGUUGAUACCGCGUCUGUUUCGAUUUUGGCUCCAAAGAAUUUCAAGCCAACGCCCAAGCCUUCGGAAGAAAUCCCACAAUCCCAGGGACUUAUGGAAUUUCUCAAGAAACGCAAAAUUGAACGCAUUCAAGCGUCUACCACCGAAGACCCGUUUGCCUCGAUCUUAGCCACCGCAACAGCACCAUCCACCGAGGAACCAGUGUCACCUGCCGGUCUGAGCAAGGACAGCUCACCUGUGCGAUCCAGCAGCGGUUCAUCGAAGCGUUUGCCUACCACUAACCGUCGUUUCGGUGCCAGCCCUCGAGCCACCACGGCUGCCACCACGACAACGACGACUCCAGCAACGGAAGCGCCAACAGUUGCCGCCGUUACCACUAAACGUCCCAACCGAUUUGGCGCUCUACGUAAUAGCAAGGCUCUAAGUGCUCCGGCUGUUCCGGCUACGACGACCGCACAACCAGCCACCGAAACGCCUAAACCAGCAGAGUCUUCUCGCUCAAAAUUGUUCCCCAAGCGACCAACAAACUUGCGACCGGUCGCCAACUCCAUCUCGAGGCGGAAGGAUCAAUCGACUACCACGACCGAAGCUGCUCCAGCUCCCGAAGUUGUUGAAGAGGAUGUCAUCGUUCCCGUUCCGGAAGAGCUCGCAAUUAUUGCCGAGCCAACGACUGCAGCUCCCCUCCGCCGGACCCGUGGCCGCAUUGCUCCGCGAGUCAGUGGCAUCUAGAUGGAUACAUUUUUCUUUCUUUUUUUGUUUGUUUUUCGUUGUAGAUUUUUUUUUUUUUCCCGAACUUUUAUUCUUACAUCACACCGUCAUCGAGAACUGUGUCAAUCAUAAAAACAAAAAAUCGUAUUAUUACAGCCUUUCAAUACAGUUCUUUUUAUUCUU